AGAAAACAUUUCUGAAGAAUUGCUGCAUUUAUUGUCUUCAGGACUUUAAAAAUGAAGGAAACUUUAUGUUUUUUUGCUUCUAUAUUCAUUAUUAUGUUAGAAUUUCAAAAUAUUCAUUGCAGUGACGAUGACGAUUACGAUUAUAGAAAAGAUCCCAAUUACAUAUACUGUUACGAUACACAUCGAUUUGAUGCUCGAGUCAACGCAACUGGACACAUAUACAGUCCAAGAUAUGCCGAAGGAGAAUAUCCUGCAAAUAUGGGAUGUAAUUAUGAAAUACUUUUGCCAGAAAAUUAUAGAGUAAAAGUGACUUUCAUAGACUUAGACAUCCAGCCAUCAGGAAGAUGUAGCCAAGAUAAGCUUGAGAUCCUCGGAGAGGAUGAAAGAAAACUUCUGGGUAUCUUCUGCGGCACUGACUUACCGAGACCCAUCUUUUCCGAAAAAGGUGACAAAAUGAUGAGACUAAAAUUCGGAAGUGACCACAUGGGGGCUGGAAGAGGAUUCCAUCUUUUCUACGAAGCAGCACUUAAUAUGGAGGAAUGUCCACCAAACCAUAUAAAGUGCAAAAACAGAAAUUGUGCUCCAGAAAGUACUAGAUGCAAUGGAAUUGAUGACUGUGAAGACGGCACAGAUGAAGAAAAUUGCAAUCAUCAAGUGGUGACUCCCAAAGAUUGCGGUAUGCCCGCCAUAAAACCUAGAGUCAAUUUCGAAUCUCCAGACCGUAUUGUCGGGGGCGAAGAGGCGGUACCUCAUAGUUGGCCAUGGCAGGUGUCUCUGCAACUAUUUUAUAUCGAACCCAACUCCCACUCCUGCGGUGGGGCACUUAUUAACUCGCAAUGGGUCCUGACAGCUGCACAUUGUUUUAAGUAUGUUGCUGAUCCUUAUUAUUAUCGUAUUCACAUGGGAAUGCACCAUAAAUUCAAAAAAGACAAAGGGGAACAAAUCAGGUAUGCUGUGAAGAUCAUUGGAUAUCCAAAUCUCGAAAUGGAUAGGUUGCAAAAUCGUGUUGGAAUUUAUGAUGACAUUGCUUUAAUAAAACUGAAUGCACCAGUUCAGUUCUCAGACACAGUGAAGACUGCAUGCUUGCCAAACUCAGGAUGGGAGCUAAAACCGGGAGAGAAAUGCUAUACCACCGGAUGGGGAGAAACAAGAGGCUCUGGAUUUUCUCAUGUUUUAAAGCAAGCAAUGCAGAGGGUUUUAUCCCAAGAUGAUUGCCCUUUCGACCCAGAGCAUCAAAUUUGUGUUGAUCAUCCAGGAAACUUCAAUUCUCCGUGUCAUGGAGACAGUGGAGGUCCUUUAGUUUGCAAUUUCGGAGGAAAAUGGUACCUCAUGGGAGAUACCAGUUACGCCACUCUUAACAACUUUAUGUCCGGUUUGUGUGCCAUGCCAUCAAACAAAGUGACAUUUAGCAAAGUUUCCGCUAAAAUUGACUGGAUUCAGGCAAUCAUCGAAAAGUACCCGUAGAAAAGAUCAUUUUAAGAAAAUUGCUAGUGAAUGCUUAUGAAUUAAAAUAUUUUUGUAAAAUAUAGACUUUUUCAUAGAAAAAAAUGACUUUUUUUUAUGUAAAUUUUUUUUUAUAUGUAUGUCUGUGAAAAAUUCUUAAAAUAUAUA